CUGCAAACCAACAAGCUUGUCACUUAAAUCAGGUCUGACUCCUUGCACCGUCUUCUGGCCACCUGAAGCUGAGCUCUGUAAUUUUUAGCUCCCUGUUGCGGUGGCGUCUGUCACAGCUUGCCCUGACCCAGCACGAAGCAGCCAAAGGCAGGCCCUGCUGCUGCUUUUCCUUCCCGUGGAUAGCUUAGUUUACGGUUUGUGUGAUUUAUGCCCACCCUCGGACAACAAUAUUUUUACUUAGAUGGGGUUUCUGGUGUCUUAAACGUCAUGUUAAACGUUUUGGAUGCAGUGAUUUUCAUCGUACUGGUGUGAUUUAUCUCUGUGAAAACGCUAAUUUACAUUUUAGUGAUACAAGUCACUCAGUUUCCAGUAAAUAAGUCGACAUCAUGUCUCGAGCACGGCAGCCCCCACUUGUAACUGGCAUCUCUCCCAACGAGGGCAUCUCAUGGACAAAAGUGACAAUUCGAGGAGAAAAUUUGGGAACUGGGCCUACAGAUCUCAUAGGUUUAACAAUAUGUGGGCACAACUGUCUGCUAACUGCCGAAUGGAUGUCUGCCAGUAAAAUCGUGUGUCGAGUCGGACAGGCAAAAAAUGACAAGGGAGAUAUUAUUGUCACUACAAAGUCUGGCGGCAAAGGAACUUCAACUGUUUCCUUCAAACUGCUGAAGCCUGAAAAAAUAGGUAUCUUGGAUCAGUCUGCUGUCUGGGUGGAUGAAAUGAACUAUUAUGACAUGCGCACUGAUAGGAAUAAAGGGAUUCCCCCCUUGUCUCUACGUCCAGCUAAUCCGCUUGGUAUUGAGAUAGACAAAGGCAGAUUUCCUCAGAAAGAUUUAGAGGCACUGUUCCCUGGGAUGAGUGCUGAUUUCACAAGCGAAAACUUCUCUGCUGCCUGGUACCUGAUUGAGAAUCAUUCAACAACAAGUUUUGAUCAGCUCAAAACGGCUGUUGUGAACUUGAAGAAACAAGCUAAUAAGAAAAAUGAGGGAAGUCUGGCUUAUGUGAAAGGAGGUCUCAGCACAUUUUUUGAAGCACAAGAUGCUCUGUCAGCAAUCCAUCAAAAACUGGAAGCGGAUGGAACGGAAAAAGUAGAAGGAUCCAUGACGCAAAAACUGGAGAAUGUACUGAACAGAGCCAGUAACACAGCAGAUACGUUAUUCCAAGAGGUGCUGGGCCGUAAAGAUAAAGCAGAUUCAACAAGAAAUGCACUUAAUGUUCUUCAACGUUUUAAAUUUCUUUUCAACCUUCCUUUGAACAUUGAAAGAAAUAUCCAGAAGGGUGAUUAUGAUGUGGUUAUUAAUGACUACGAAAAAGCCAAGUCACUCUUUGGAAAGACAGAGGUGCAAGUAUUCAAAAAAUAUUAUGCUGAAGUUGAAACCAGAAUUGAAGCUUUAAGAGAACUUCUGUUAGAUAAACUCCUUGAAACUCCAUCAACAUUGCAUGAUCAGAAACGUUAUAUAAGAUAUCUUUCUGAUCUUCAUGCGCCUGGGGACCCUGCUUGGCAGUGCAUUGGUGCUCAACAUCAGUGGAUUCUAAAGCUCAUGCACAACUGCAAGGAGAACUAUGUUAAAGAACAAAAAGGCACCUCAUUGAUCCACAGCCCAAUGUUAGACCUGGACAGUGACGUGCGUCCAUCUCCAAUUGGCCACCUCAGUCAAACUGCUUCAUUGAAAAGAGGCAGCAGUUUUCAGUCUGGCCGUGAUGAUGCCUGGCGAUACAAAGCACCUCAGCAAGUUGUGUUUGUUGAAAAGUUGACAAAACUUGUUGUGAGUCAGCUGCCCAACUUCUGGAAGCUCUGGAUUUCUUAUGUGAAUGGAAGUUUAUUCAGUGAGACUGCUGAAAAAUCUGGCCAAAUGGAAAGAUCGAAGAAAAACGCUAGGCAAAGACAAAAUGAUUUCAAGAAAAUGAUUCAAGAAGUGAUGCACUCUCUGGUGAAACUUAUCCGUGGAGCUUUACUUCCAUUCAGUCUCAGAGAAGGAGAAUCAAGGCAGUAUGGUGGCUGGGAGAUGAAAACUGAACUUUCUGGCCAGUGGCUAACACAUGUUAUCCAGACAGUAAGGCUUAGUUCUGAGUCUCUUACUGCACUUGAGAUACCCAAUGAUAUGCUUCAGAUCAUCCAGGAUCUUAUUUUGGAUCUUCGUGUACGUUGCAUUAUAGUGACCUUACAACAUACAGCUGAAGAUAUAAAGAGGCUAGCUGAAAAGGAAGACUGGGUUGUUGACAAUGAAGGUUUGACAUCGCUGCCAUCCCAGUUUGAACAGUGCAUUGUCCAUUCCUUGCAAUCUCUAAAAAUUGUGCUGGACUGCAAACCUGGAGAGGCCAGUGUGUUCCAGCAACAGAAAACGCAGGAGGAUGUGUGCCAGCUAAGCAUUGGGAUCAUGCAGGUUUUCAUAGACUGUUUGGAACUAUUGAGUACCAAACCUGAUGGUGACAUAGAUACAGCACAUCUUUCAGUUGAUGUUUCAUCUCCAGAUUUGUUUGGAAGCAUUCAUGAGGACUCAAGUCUUUCUUCAGAACAAAGAGUUUUAAUUGCACUCAGUAACUGCCGCUAUCUGGAACGUCAUACCUUCCUAAAUAUAGCUGAACAUUUUGAGAAACAUGGCUUUCAAGGUGUUGAAAAAAUAACUCAAGUUAGUAUGGAAUCCUUGAAAGAGCUGGAUCAGAGACUGUUUGAAAUGUACAUUGAAUCCAAGGCAGAUCCUAUAGUUGGGUCAUUAGAACCUGGCAUUUACGCAGGAUAUUUUGACUGGAAAGAUUGUCUUGUUCCAGCAGGUGUCAGAAACUAUUUGAAAGAAGCAUUAGUGAAUAUCAUUGCUGUGCAUGCAGAGGUGUUUACCAUUUCCAAAGACCUAGUUCCUCGGGUAAUGUCAAGGAUUGUAGAAGCAGUCUCUGAAGAAUUGAGUCGACUGAUGCAGUGUGUUUCAUCCUUCAGCAGAAAUGGAGCUUUACAGGCGAGACUUGAAAUCUGUGCAUUGAGGGAUACAGUGGCCAUAUACCUAACACCUGAGAGCAACUCAAGCUUUAAGCAAGCUUUGGAAGCCUUGCCUCAGCUCUCGAGUGGAACUGACAAAAAGUUAUUAGAAGAGCUGCUCAACAAAUUUAAAAGCAGCAUGCACUUGCAGCUGACCUGUUUUCAAGCUUCUUCAUCAGCAAUGAUGAAAACAUAGACAUCGAUGCAAUGCAGGCAACUCGAUAGAUGAAUGCCGAUAGACGUCACUCAUUUGUCUGUACUUCGUCAGUUCCUUUGAGGACUGAGGAAAUCAAAAGGAAUGAAUUUCAUUGAAAAAGAAGUUAUGAGAUCCAACUCUUUGAGUAAUGAUAAGAGGUAUCCUGCUGAGUAAGAGUUCUGGUUGUAAAUAUCUUGACAAAAUGUUUUUCUGUCUACUGUAUUUCAUUCUGUGGAGGGGACUAAGCCAGUUUUGUUUACAUACAUUCUUCUUGGCUAUAUGUUUGUGAAAAAAUAUUUAUUUACAUGCUGCAAUCUCAGUUUCAUUUGUUAAAAUACGUUGAAAUAUAUUUUUAGCAACUAUUGCCUUAAAUUUAAGUACAUACACAUGUAUCAGUUUCUUUCUAGAUGUAGAGCAAUGCUGAUGUAACUGGAAGACCCAGCGUCUGUAAACUAUUGAGAAUUAUGCAAUAAACAUUACUACCUACAGAUGCCUAAGUAUUCAUAUACAAUGUGCUGAAGGACACUACUUUCUCUGCAUUUAAUUUAAUUUUUUUUUCUGAUAUGAUCUACAAUUUUAGUGUUCAUUAAAUCUGAUAUUUGGGAGGCUUUUAUUUUCUUAUUUCUUUGAUAACUGAAAAGAUCUUCCUGUCCCCUUAGUUUCUCCCUUCAUUUGAGUAUUGGUGUUAAACCCUUCACAAUAGAAAUAAGCUUUCCUUUCAUUGGCAAUUAACAAUUAAUUAAAAGUGCUCUGAGUUUGAGGUUAGUAGAUGCUUUAAAAGUAUGUUUAAGCUAAAUAUCCUUCAGCAUUAAGGAACAGAACGGUAACUACUUCUGACUAUGUGUGAGGCUAAAGAAGAGCACAAUUUGCCAUUGGUUUUGUUGUGUCCUUCUCACUUCUUCUCGUCUUUCAUCAUUCUUACCGUCUUACUGUCUUCUUCUCUCUUGUUAGUCAGUCCUCUUGUCACCACCAUUAAAUUUGUUUGGAAGCGAAUAGGGGUUCAGGAGGCGAGAACAGUUUUGCUGCCAUUACUUUAUCAUUACACAAAAGUCAAGAGCUGUCUUCCCAAUGAACAGUCAAGACCAGACUUGACUAAGACUUUCAUUUGGGGACUUAAUAAAAACUGUGGGAAGCUGUAAGAGAGAGCAACUAAUAAAAAGUGGUCUUGUUUUGGCGGGUGAGGGGUGGGUUUGAUUUUAUACCUGAAAACCACACAUUCAGUAAAUCAUGCAGUAAUGAUGUAUUCUUUCUGUACUUGCAGCCAUUUGGGGUGUGACUUUUUGAAACUGUGCAUUCAAUUUUCAAACAUUUUUUGUCAGCUUUUUGCUAGUCCAGUUAUGUGCUUUAAAAAUAUAACAUACAGUUCCAGUAAUUACUACAAGAAAUAAUUCAAUGCACAUGUAUUGUGGGCACAUAGUAAUAGUGUGUUGAAUAGAAGUUUAAAAGUGCAAGUGCAUGUCAUUAUUGGCUUAAGAGAGAAAGUUGUUAAACAUCUCAGCAAUGUUGUUUUGUUUAAUGUUGUCAAUUCCAAGCUUGUCGUAGUCUCAGCUUCUGAUACUAACUGAAAUAAUCAUCCAGUUAGUUCAGUCUGUAAAGGAGUUAGCUUCAGAAUAAUAAAAUAUUAAGAAAAAUAUG